AUGGGUCCAAGCAAGAUGAGAAGAGCUCUGGGAGCGGUGAAGGACAAGACGAGCAUAGGCCUGGCAAAAGUUGGAGGCAGCGCCUCACUGGCGGACCUUGACGUGGCGAUUGUGAAGGCAACAAGACACGAUGAGUACCCGGCGGAGGAGAGGCAUAUUCGUGAGAUUCUGAGCUUAACAUGCUACUCACGUGCCUACAUAAGUGCUUGCGUCAACACCCUCUCCAGGCGCCUCAACAAGACAAGGAAUUGGACCGUCGCACUCAAGACGCUUAUGUUGAUCCAGCGCCUUCUCUCGGAGGGCGAUCCUGCAUAUGAGCAAGAAAUAUUCUUCUCAACAAGACGCGGGACUCGUCUUCUCAACAUGUCGGAUUUUCGUGACUCUUCACAAUCCAAUUCGUGGGACUAUUCCUCCUUUGUGCGCACGUAUGCACUCUACCUUGAUGAACGGCUUGAGUUUCGGAUGCAAAGCCGGCGCGGAAAACGUAGUGUGUUUGGAUUGGAGGAAGAGGAUGAGGAGGCCAACCAGGCUGCAGCCGGUCCAAGAGCCACACCAGUGCGUGAGAUGAAAACUGAGCAUAUCUUUUCAAGGAUGCAGCAUUUGCAACAGCUCCUUGAGCGCUUCUUAGCAUGUCGCCCUACAGGUGAAGCAAAGAACAACCGGGUUGUGAUAGUAGCUCUCUACCCUACUGUGAAAGAGAGUUUCCAAAUAUAUUAUGACAUGACUGAAAUAAUGGGUAUCUUUAUCGACCGUUUCAUGGAGCUACAAGUCCACGACUGUGUGAAGGUGCACGAGGUGUUCUGCCGCAUCGGCAAGCAGUUUGACGAGCUUGACAUGUUGUAUAGCUGGUGCAGGACUAUUGGCAUUGCACGCUCUUCAGAAUACCCAGAGCUCGAGAAAAUUACCCCGAAGAAACUUGAGGUCAUGGAUGAGUUCAUCCGAGACAAGUCUGCUUUGGCACAAACCAUAAAGCAUACGUCUAUAGAAGAGACGCCCGCGGUGUUGGAAGAGCCUGCAACACCAAAUGUCCAAGAAGAAGACAUGAAUGCGAUAAAGGCUCUACCACCACCAGCCCCACAAGCUUUCACUACUUUCUCUGAUGAUGAUGAUGAGCAAAUUGUCAAACAACAAGAGGGCAAUCUGUUGAGCUUAGGAGACGAUGCAAUGAGAAGCGAAGAACAUUCAGAUAAACUAGCCUUGGCCUUAUUUGAUCAUCAGGAUCAUGACGGUGGUGCGUGGGAGACCUUCAAUGAAGACGCAGCAGACUGGGAGACGGCAUUGGUUGAAUCAACUAGCAAUCUGUCAGGUCAGAAAGUGGCACUUGCCGCCGGUUUCGAUAUGUUGUUGCUUGACGGCAUGUACAAACAACAGCCUGAGACAAAGGGUGGGAGUGCGAGUAGCGUCGCACUUGGGCCAACUGGAAGGCCACAAACGCUGGCAUUGCCGGCAGCGCCAACAUCCGCAACCAGCAGUGCAGACCCAUUUGCAGCCUCAUUAACAGUGGCACCGCCGGCGUAUGUGCAAAUGUCGGAGAUGGAGAAGAAGCAGAAACUGUUGGUGGAAGAACAAUUGAUGUGGCAGCAGUACGCAAGGGAUGGGAUGCAAGGGCAGCUUGGAAUGGCAAAGAUACAGCACCACAAUCCCUACAACAUGGGAGGUUACACACACAGCUACUGAAGCGCUACCUUUCUUUGCAAAUUAGGGGUUAAGUUCAAUGUGUUUCUUCUUUUUUUCUUUUUCCGA